GUGCCCGGCAGAAGUUGGUGGCUUGACGGGUGGCAGGGGUUGGGGACGGCAAUUCCGGGAUCCCGGGCACCUGAGCUGGGAGUUCCCGGAGAAACAGCCACAGACCCAGGAAAUGGGAGCCGCGGGUGCCGUGCACACGCCCGGAGCUCGCCAGCCUUCUGCGGAGAGAGGAGUUCUAUUUUUGGAGUAAAUUUGACACUAUAGAGUGUUUCUCCCUCUUUGUCCUCUCAACAUAUUCAGACAGGGGAGGCUGGGGGUGACGGUGUGAGGGCACAGCCAGGCUGCCACCUCUAAAGAUCAGGUUAGGGGCCAUGGGGUGGGAGGGUUCAGCUCCUGCCUCAGACCUCUGCCUGCUCUUGCCCCACUCCCUGCUCCCUCCCGGGCCCUUCUGCAACCCCUGGGGUGCUGGUCUCACCCCAGCCCACCCCCACUCCUCUGCAGCCACUCCUUGCCCCCUGAGAGGACAUCUUUUGAAUCAAGCCCUGACUGGAGGAAAGCAGGGCUGUUCUGGGGAACAGGGGGGCUCCUGUGUGUGUGUGUGUGUGUGUGUGUGUGUGUGUGUGCACGCGCACGCGCGUGUGUGAAGUUCACACUGGCCACAUUGGUUCCUUGAGAAGCCACCUUCUGAGUGCUGCUCAAGGGUUAAGUUCCGAGCUGCCUCUGCCUGUCAUCAGGCUGCGCGUGGGCACCGCUUUGGGUGGGUGAACGUGGAGCAGCAUAUGGGUGAUGUUCUGCAAGCCCUGCCACCGGCCCUAAGCCUCUACCACAAGACACCGGUGUCUCCCCACACCCCAAACUGGAAGCAAGUCGGCUAAUUGAAGGGGCCAAUGGGAGGACAAGAGCAGAAAGUUGUGUCCAGAGGUGGCUUUAGCCAGGAGGGACUUGGAAGCUGGGCUGUGGCUGGACCUGGGCCCACUGGGGCAGUGUGCGUGGUGUGACCCGGUAGUGGCUGCACGGAGAUCCCUCCAUGUGGGGAGUUCCCUGCUCACCCUGAGUGCUGCUGCUGACCUGAGGCCCCAUCUUUCACAACCACUCUGGGGGAGGGGGAGGAAGGCACUGAUUAAAAAGUGACUAAAGGCAGAAGGGAGGAAGGAAGUAGUCACGCUGGAGAGCCCCAGCUUUGGCGGGACGGUCUGCCGUCAAUCAUUCAGGAGGCGCUCCCCGGCUUCCCACCUGCGGCCAGGUGCAGGUACAGGGUAUGGAGACAGGGACUGCGAUGCGCCGGUCUUAGCUGCUGUCUGAGAGGAUGUCUGGGGUGUCCGAGCCCCUGAGUCGAGUAAAAUUGGGCACAUUACGCCGGCCUGAAGGCCCCGCAGAGCCCAUGGUGGUGGUACCAGUAGAUGUGGAAAAGGAAGACGUGCGUAUCCUCAAGGUCUGCUUCUAUAGCAACAGCUUCAAUCCCGGGAAGAAUUUCAAACUGGUCAAAUGCACUGUCCAGACGGAGAUCCGGGAGAUCAUCACCUCCAUCCUGCUGAGUGGGCGGAUUGGCCCCAACAUCCAGUUGGCUGAGUGCUAUGGGCUGAGGCUGAAGCACAUGAAGUCAGAUGAGAUCCACUGGCUGCACCCGCAGAUGACGGUGGGUGAGGUACAGGACAAGUAUGAGUGUCUGCACGUGGAAGCCGAGUGGAGGUAUGACCUUCAAAUCCGCUACCUGCCAGAAGACUUCAUGGAGAGCCUGAAGGAGGACAGGACCACACUGCUUUAUUUUUACCAACAGCUCCGGAAUGACUACAUGCAACGCUACGCCAGCAAGGUCAGUGAAGGCAUGGCCUUGCAGCUGGGCUGCCUGGAGCUCAGGCGGUUCUUCAAGGAUAUGCCCCACAAUGCCCUUGACAAGAAGUCCAACUUCGAGCUCCUAGAAAAAGAAGUGGGGCUGGACUUGUUUUUCCCAAAACAGAUGCAGGAGAACUUAAAGCCCAAACAGUUCCGGAAGAUGAUCCAGCAGACCUUCCAGCAGUAUGCCUCGCUCCGGGAGGAGGAGUGCGUCAUGAAGUUCUUCAACACCCUCGCAGGCUUCGCCAACAUUGACCAGGAGACCUACCGCUGUGAACUCAUUCAAGGAUGGAACAUUACUGUGGACCUGGUCAUUGGCCCUAAAGGCAUCCGCCAGCUGACCAGCCAGGAUGCAAAGCCCACUUGCCUGGCCGAGUUCAAGCAGAUUAAGUCCAUCAGGUGCCUCCCACUGGAAGACGGCCAGGCGGUGCUGCAGCUGGGCAUUGAAGGUGCCCCCCAGGCCUUGUCCAUCAAAACCUCGUCCCUGGCAGAGGCUGAGAACAUGGCUGACCUCAUAGAUGGCUACUGCCGGCUGCAGGGGGAGCACCAAGGCUCUCUCAUCGUCCACCCUAGGAAAGAUGGCGAGAAGCGGAACAGCCUGCCCCAGAUCCCCAUGCUAAACCUGGAAGCCCGCCGGUCCCACCUCUCAGAGAGCUGCAGCAUAGAGUCAGACAUCUAUGCAGAGAUUCCCGACGAAACCCUGCGAAGGACCGGAGGUCCACAGUAUGGCAUUGUCCGUGAAGAUGUCGUCCUGAAUCGUAUUCUUGGGGAAGGCUUUUUUGGGGAGGUCUAUGAAGGUGUCUACACGAAUCACAAAGGGGAGAAUAUCAACGUAGCUGUCAAGACCUGCAAGAAAGACUGCACUCUGGACAACAAGGAGAAGUUUAUGAGUGAGGCAGUGAUCAUGAAGAACCUGGACCACCCACACAUCGUGAAGCUGAUAGGCAUCAUUGAAGAGGAGCCCACCUGGAUCAUCAUGGAAUUGUAUCCCUAUGGGGAGCUGGGCCACUACCUGGAGCGGAACAAGAAUUCCCUGAAGGUGCUCACCCUUGUGCUAUACUCGCUGCAGAUAUGCAAAGCCAUGGCCUACCUGGAGAGCAUCAACUGUGUGCACAGGGACAUUGCUGUCCGGAACAUCCUGGUGGCCUCCCCCGAGUGUGUGAAGCUGGGGGACUUCGGCCUUUCUCGGUACAUUGAGGAUGAGGACUAUUACAAAGCCUCUGUGACUCGUCUCCCCAUCAAAUGGAUGUCCCCAGAGUCCAUUAACUUCCGACGCUUCACUACAGCCAGUGACGUCUGGAUGUUUGCCGUGUGCAUGUGGGAGAUCCUGAGCUUUGGGAAGCAGCCCUUCUUCUGGCUGGAGAACAAGGACGUCAUCGGAGUGCUGGAGAAAGGGGACCGGCUGCCCAAGCCCGACCUCUGUCCACCGAUCCUUUAUACCCUCAUGACCCGCUGCUGGGACUACGACCCCAGCGACCGGCCCCGCUUCACCGAGCUGGUGUGCAGCCUCAGUGACAUUUAUCAGAUGGAGAAGGACAUGGCAAUGGAGCAAGAGAGGAAUGCUCGCUACCGAACCCCCAAAAUCUUGGAGCCCACAGCCUUCCAGGAACCCCCACCCAAGCCCAGCCGGCCUAAGUACAGACACCCUCCACAAACCAACCUCCUGGCUCCGAAGCUGCAGUUCCAGGUCCCCGAGGGUCUGUGUGCCAGCUCUCCUACGCUCACCAGCCCCAUGGAGUAUCCAUCUCCCGUUAACUCACUGCACACCCCACCUCUCCACCGGCACAAUGUCUUCAAACGCCACAGCAUGCGGGAGGAGGACUUCAUCCGACCCAGCAGCCGAGAAGAGGCCCAGCAGCUGUGGGAAGCCGAGAAGAUCAAGAUGCGGCAAAUCCUGGACAAGCAGCAGAAACAGAUGGUGGAGGACUACCAGUGGCUCAGGCAGGAGGAGAAGUCCCUGGACCCCAUGGUUUAUAUGAAUGAUAAGUCCCCAUUGACUCCAGAGAAGGAGGUCGGCUACAUGGAGUUCACGGGGCCCCCGCAGAAGCCCCCAAGGCUGGGCGCACAGUCCAUCCAGCCCACAGCUAACCUGGACCGGACCGACGACCUGGUGUACCUCAAUGUCAUGGCGCUGGUGCGGGCCGUGCUGGACCUCAAGAAUGAGCUCUGUCAGCUGCCCCCCGAGGGCUAUGUGGUGGUGGUGAAGAACGUGGGGCUGACCCUGCGGAAGCUCAUCGGGAGCGUGGACGAUCUCCUGCCCUCCUUGCCAUCAUCUUCACGGACAGAGAUCGAGGGCACCCAGAAACUGCUCAACAAAGACCUGGCAGAGCUCAUUAACAAGAUGCGGCUGGCACAGCAGAACGCCGUGACCUCCUUGAGUGAGGAGUGCAAGAGGCAGAUGCUGACAGCCUCACACACCCUGGCCGUGGACGCCAAGAACCUGCUCGAUGCCGUCGACCAGGCCAAGGUUCUGGCCAAUCUGGCCCACCCGCCUGCAGAGUGACGGAGGGUGGGAGCCACCUGCCUGCGUCUUCCGCCCCUGCCUGCCAUGUACCUCCCCUGCCUUGCUGUUGGUCAUGUGGGUCUUCCAGGGGGAAGGCCAAGGGAGUCACUUUCCCUUACCAGUUUGCACGACCCCCUCUCCCUACCCCUACCCCAGGCUGUACUGCUCAGGCAGCAGCUGGACAGCGGGGACUCUGGGCUAUGGACACAGGGUGAGGGUGACACAGAUGGCUUGGAGGGGGCACUGCUGCUGCCUGGCCACUCCUUCCUACCCCACCCAGUCCAUGCAGGCGGGUCAUGGGGGCGGGAGGGUCACGUGGUGCCCCUAGCUUUAUAUAUGGACAUGGCAGGUCAAUUUGGGAACCAAGCUAUUCCUUUCCCUUCCUCUUCAGCCCUCAGAUGUCCCCUGAUGCACAGAGAAGCUGGGGAGGAGCUUUGUUUUGGGGGUCAGGCAGCCAGUGAGAUGAGGGAUGGGCCUGGGGUUCUUGUACAGUGUAUAUUGGAAUUUAUUUAAUGUGAGUUUGGUCUGGACUGACAGCAUGUGCCCUCCUGAGAGAGGACCUGGGACAUAGACCAGGAACAAGCUAAUUGGGAGUCUGGGCACGGGACGCUUUGUUGUCAAACCAAGCAUCAGGGGAAGGAGCAGAGAGAUGGGCCAGGACAGGACCUUGGACCAAAUCCACUCUCUUCCUGUCCCUUUCUCUUUCUCCCUUUACUCUCCCUUUCUUUCCCUUUUCCCUCUUUUCUUACUCCUCCUCUUUUUUCUCCCUCCCGCCCCAAUCUCAUCUGCACCCUUCUUUUCUCGCGUGUUUGCAUAAACAUUCUUUUAACUUCUUUCUAUUUGACUUGUGGUUGAAUUAAAAUUGUCCCAUUUGCUUUG